UGAAACCAUCGAUUAUAUUGAAGCAGCGAGCGAGGUAAAAUCGAGGCUAUUUGGAUUGAGUGGCACUGGUGGGAGUGGGGCGAGAUUGGAGUGGGGUGUAUGCGGGUGUAUGUUGGUUCGGGUGUGCGAUCGUAACCAUGUGGCAGGCGUAGGUUGUGUAAUUUUUCACAGAUAGUUGAUUCUCACGCUCUUUUUCUUGUUCAUCAUGAAGUUAUACACGAAUCAAAACAACCCUGCUGCCUUGAAGGUGUUAAUUGCAGGAAAUACAAGUGGUAAAAAUGUAACCCAUGAAAUCGUGGCAGUGAGUGACGCGCAACAUCACUGUCCGCGACGGCUACCAGUGCUGCUGUUGGACUCAGGGAAAAAGAUUUUUUCUACUAAUGCAAGUACUCGGUACCUUCUACCUCCUAGCCAGGGUAGUGAAAUUCCAGUUGACCAGUGGCUUGAAUGGGAAGCAUGUCAGUUUUUGCCUGUGUUAGCUGCGUGUCUGAGCUCAGGUCCUAAAUUAGAUGGGGACCUGCGUAAUAGAUUUAUUGAAUUACUUCAAACUCUGGAUGUAGCCCUUUUGAAUAAGGAGUAUAUUGUUGGGAAUUCUAUUUCUGCAGCAGAUAUAGUACUGUUUUGUAGCCUGUAUCCACUUGUUGCCGACCCUAGACUACGGCAGUAUUGGCUAGCAGAUAGGCAGAAUAUUGUGUCAUGGUUUCUUCAUCUACAAGCACUUCCUACUGUGAAGACAGCUCUUGAAGCUCUGAAAGUCCAACCAGGAGGAGAAGCAUAUCAGGCUCUAAUAGCAGGCUGCUGGCAGCCCAUGCCUGAAGUUUCUCUUCUCACUCCUGCAGAUAAACAAAGGCCUCAACUACAGAGCACAGGGAGCCUUGAUUCUUCCAUUGCACCAAAGGAGGCACCCAUUUCGGAAGCAGAAUUAGAAUCUGCGAGAGAGGCAUGGGUUACUGGAACAUCAAGUAGGCCGCGACCUAAAUUAAUUAAAAAGCCUAUAAUGCCUGUUGCUGGUGAAAAAAAUAUUCUCAUUACGUCAGCUCUGCCUUAUGUAAACAACGUACCUCACUUGGGAAACAUAAUUGGGUGUGUUUUGUCUGCAGAUGUGUUUGCAAGAUACUGUCGACUCUGUAACCAUAAUACACUGUACAUAUGUGGAACAGAUGAGUAUGGUACAGCAACAGAAACUAAAGCUUUGGAAGAAGGUCUAACGCCUCAACAGAUUUGUGAUAAAUAUUUUCUCAUUCAUGAUGCAGUUUAUAAAUGGUUUAACAUUUCAUUUGACUAUUUUGGACGCACCACAACUCCUGAACAAACAAGGGUAUGCCAAGAAAUGUUUCUAGAGGUACACGGCAAUGGUUUUACCAGUACGCAACAUAUGGACCAACUUCUAUGUCAAAAGUGCAAUAGAUACCUAGCUGAUAGAUUUGUGGAGGGAACUUGUCCACUGUGUGGGUAUGAGGAUGCUCGAGGAGAUCAAUGUGAUGGUUGUGGACAUCUAAUUAAUGCAGUGGAGCCGCUAAUCAGACAUUGGAUAGACAAAGUGUGGGCUGGAUGGUCCAACAAUGCCAGAGUCAUUGCUCGCUCAUGGCUAAAGGAUGGCUUGAAACCACGCUGUAUCACACGUGACUUGAAAUGGGGCAUUCCAGUUCCUCUGAAGGGAUAUGAAAAUAAGGUAUUUUAUGUAUGGUUUGAUGCUCCUAUUGGUUAUGUGAGCAUAACUGCAGAAUAUUCAAAGGAAUGGAAACGCUGGUGGCAGCCUAAAAGUGAUACUCAAGUAACCUUGUACCAGUUUAUUGGCAAAGACAAUGUACCAUUCCACUCAAUAAUGUUUCCUGCUACAUUGUUGGCAUGCAACAAAGGUUAUACUAUUGUCUCAUAUAUAAUGGCCACAGAAUAUCUAAAUUAUGAAGAUGGAAAGUUUUCAAAGAGCCGUGGUGUUGGUGUGUUUGGCACUGAUGCUCAAAAUACUGGCAUUCCUGCUGACAUUUGGCGCUUUUAUCUGUUGUAUGUUAGGCCUGAAUCUCAAGAUUCCAGUUUCAGCUGGGUAGAUCUUGCCACAAAAAAUAAUAGUGAACUUUUAAACAAUCUUGGUAAUUUCAUAAACAGAGCAUUGACGUUUGCUGAAAAGUUCUUUGGUGGUAUUCUUCAAGAAAUCAUUCUUGGGCCUGCUGAAUUGGCACUGCUUGCACAAGUGAACCGAGAAGUUCGAGCUUAUUCAGCUGCAUUGGAGCGUGCACGAUUGAGAGAUGGUAUUCGUCACAUUCUCAGUGUGAGCCGCCAUGGAAACCAGUUCAUGCAAGCCCAACAGCCGUGGGUGCUCAUGAAAGGCACUGACCAAGAAAGACAACAGGCAGGUUCAAUUGUAUCUUUGUGCUGCAACCUAGCAUGUACAUUGGCUGUAUUGCUCCACCCAUAUAUGCCCAGCACAUCCCAAGAGAUCUGUGAACAGCUGAAUGCACCGAAAGAUGUAAUGGCUCUGUCACCAGAAGUUGUACAGCUCUUACCAACUGGUCAUCACAUUGGGAAACCUAAGCCAUUAUUCGCCAAAAUUGAGACUGCUCAAAUAGAUAAAUUGAAGCAGCAAUUUUCAGGGAGACAGAAGUCUGUUUCUCCAGAAAAAUCAACUCCUAGUACUCAGUCUGCUUAUCUAGAAGCGGCCAUCCAUAAACAGGAUGUUCAGAUCCGCCAGCUGAAGGCCACAGGGGCUGAUCAGAGUGAGUGGUUGCCUCUUGAAGCUACCCUGCAGGAGCUGAAACGCCAGCUUGCUGCUACCCAAAGGCCUGCUGCCAAUGGCCCGAGAGUGGGCAAUGGACCUGCGGCUACAGCUGCUUCUCCUGGAAAUCCAGAAGAGAUUGCUCGCCUCGAAGCUGCUGUGGCCCAGCAGGGUGAAAAAGUCCGGCAAUUGAAGGGUAGUGGAGCAGAAAGAUCUGUUUGGCAGCCACAAGUUGCCAUUCUCCAGCAGUUGAAAGAGCAACUGGUUGCAGCAGGGGGAUCUGUGGCUCCUCCCCCAAAACCGAAAGGGAAAAAGAAAUGAAACCAGUAUUGAUUGAGGAUAGUAUUUUCUCAGAUCCAAAACAGGCAUUUCAGAUCCAAGAAGAAAACUCCCUUAUCCAGUUUUUUUGCAAUAUAGUUUUCAAAAGACCAUCACUGCAGACAAGGGUAUUUUUUCUGCUUUUCUUGUCUCAUUUGAAUGCAGAAUUAAAGAUGAAUAUUUAUGAUGGAUGUGUGAUCUAUGUAGGUGAUUGUCCAUGCUAUUUAUAUAGUGUCAGAAUUAAUUUAUUGCAAAUAAAAAUUUUUUACCAACAAUUUGUAAGCAGUGUUAUUGAUAUGCAUGCAGGCAUUGAAACCU